GUGCCGUUUUUGAAUCCGUUUGUUUACUAAACCAAUGAUAACGUGAUUUUAGUCAGCCGUAAUUCGAAAUGUGUACUAACAAAGCAGUUUUCCAAGUUUUAUUACUCUCCAAUUAUUUCAAAAUUAUACCCAGUCUAAUAAAUUAAAAAUAUUGAAGUGACAAUGAUACCAAAUACUCCGUUUUGUGUUAUAUUCACAAAUUACGACGUUGUUUUCAGCGGCAGGUGUUUGACCACAUUUGUUUGUUCAAGAGACACGUACCGGGAGACCAUACCAUUUGGAGGUACUGCAAUUACACAUAACGAUCGUUUAUCACCAGCAGUUCCAACUUUGGCGGCUGAAGCAACAGCCACCGAAACUACUAUCUCCUCACUACCACACACAUCGAUCACAACUCCGCAACCACAAUCACCUCCACACAAGACUCCCUCGCCGUGCAGUCCGUUCGGCCAGGACAGUUUUGUUAAAGAAACAGAAGACUGUAAAAAGGAUUCGCAGGCGGAUUCUUAUAUUCAAGCACCAAAAACUGAAAAAAUCCCGAACUCCAAGUCGUCUAUUGAAACCACAAAUCAAACUGAGGAAAUUGUGCACACUGAUAAACCACGAUUCUACUCUUCGAUUUUAGGUGGUAAUAAACCCUACAGUGGUGUUGUAUUAACACAAGCGCAACGUAAAGAAUACCCGGUUGAGGUGGUAAGUCGACGAUUAACAGCAACUCCUAUCGAAGAUAGCUCCAGUGAUUCUGAUUCGGAUGCGGAAGGCUCCAAACUUAUUGUUGAUGAAAAACCAUUGGUUCCUGAAGAUAAACCACUGUCAUUGCGUUUGCGUAGCACUCCGCCUCCAUUAGAGAAGCGUCCUAGUCCACCUCCGCCACCAGAACCAGCAGUACGGUGCAGUGUUAUACAACGAACACCAAAACCAGCACCAACACCACCUCAUCGUCCAAAUCAACACGAGGUUUUACUGCCUCCCGGUUCUCUUGAACACCUCGGACCCGAACAACAAGAACCUAUUGACUAUCACGUGCCGAAACGGCGUUCGGCUUCAAUCGAUAGUGACGAAGAGCAAACUGAUUCGUUGAACACAAAACGUUUAGAACGUGAACGAAAAUUGCGUGAAGCUCGUAGACGUAGCGCAAUAUUAGCCGCACGUGCUGUGCUUGCCCAAGCGAGACUUAAUCCACGUCUGGUACGUAGYCUACCCGGUAUCUUAGCAGCAGCAGCUGGACACGGCCGUACAUCGUCUACAGGAGCCGGUCAAGGUUUCCAAGGCUCUAGUGGCUUCGGAGGAAAUAAUUCAGGCAGCGGCAACAAUCAAAGCCCAAGCGGAGGUGCAGGUUCACCUACAGGCUUUGGUGGUGCGCUAGGCGGCAGCGGAGGUGCUGGAGGUGGUAUGGGCGGCGGUCGUGACGGUCGCAGUAAUUACGGUCCAAAUUCACCACCAUCUGGUGCUCUUCCUCCAUUCUACGAGAGUUUAAAAAGUGGCAACACAAUGAAUUCAUCAUCUUCAUCGUCGGCGAAUUUCAAUGGAAAUUCAAAUUUCUUAAUACAAAAUGCAGCGGCAGCUGCUUAUUUAAUGUCCGCAGCGGGUGGAAACGGUGGCGGUCAGCAGCAUUCAAAUAAUUAUUUAGAUUGUAGUUCAACGAAUGCAAACAGUGCAGGAGGUGUGGGUAGUGGUGUGAACGAUAGUGGUAGCGGUGGCUUGGAGAUCACCACAUUUGCCAAUGGCCAGGCGUACGGCAUUAUAUUGAAGGAUGAGCCGGAUAUUGAGUAUGACGAAGCCAAAAUUGAUAUCGGUGCUUUCGCGCAGAACAUUAUUCAAGCAACUAUGGGGAAUUCGGGAAAUUUCAAUGCUGCGGCCUAUGAAGACGCAAUCAUGUCGGAUUUGGCCAAUUCGCAAGGUCCCAACGGCUCUGUAGAUCCAUUACAAUUCACCGCCACACUUAUGCUGAGCUCACAGACAGAUCACUUACUGGAACAACUCUCGGAUGCAGUCGAUCUUAGUUCUUUUCUGCAACGUGACUGUGUGGACGAUGAUAAUUCCACCAGUCCCCGACAGGAUUUCGAGCUGGUUUCGACGCCAUCACUCACGCCCGACUCGGUGUCCAUAACGCCUGUGGAUACCAACAAUGGAGGCAAUCUAGAUACAUUCCACGAGAGUCUUAUACAACAAAUAACCAAUAACAUUUCGCGCAAUCACAUUGGCAGCAACCAAAAUGGUAACAUGCAAUCAUAUCCAUUCGAGCGUCAGCCACAUCUGAACGGCAACCAGCAACAUCUGGGCAACGAGCAGCAUAAUGUGAAUCAUCAACAGCAACAACCACCACCAUCCUACCAACAUGCGACACGUGAUUUGUUGCAAAUGCAACAACAGCAACAACAACAUCAUGCACAAACACAUUCUUAUCAACAACAGCAGCAACAUCAUUCCAACUCCAUGUUGCAACACGGUGGUCCAAUGUUGUUGGCCCAGCAACCACAACAACACGCCUACCAACAACACGGUCAUCCAUACGGUCCAGCGCAGCAUCAUCACCAGCAACCGCAUCACAUUGUGCCGCCUCACCAUAUGCAACAUCACCAUCAUCACAGCAGCGAUAACAGUAAUUUGUCGCUGCCCUCACCGAAUGCAGCACAUCUGUCGGCGCAUCACGGCAUGUCCUCGGCAGCGAGCAACUCGUCGGGCGCCUCCACUUCCGGUCUGCUAGACGCCAGCACGGCGAUGCUCGAUACCAAGCCGCUGAUACAAAGCGUAAGUCCCACACAUUCGACCGGCAGUUCCAAUGCAAGUUCUUGCGCUUUGGGUACUAGAAAAUUGAGCACAAGCUCCUCUUGCGCGUCCGCAACGAUGGUGGCGCCAGCGUCACUGCGUAGUGUGGCUGCCGCAGCGGCAGCUACAGCCGCUGGCAUACUGCCACCAUCGCCCACUGUCGCCAUGCUGCACGAAAGCAAAGUGCUACAGCAGAGGUUGGGUUUACCACCUGAAGUGCAACUGGAAUUCGUCAACGGCGGUCAUGGCAUUAAGAAUCCACUCGCCGUGGAGAACACACACUCGGGUCACCAUCGUAUACGCAGCAUCGAUUGCGUAGACGAUUUGAAGAAGAGCGGCAAUGUCAGCACUGACGGUUCGGAGAGCGGCGGCGGUGGCUGUGCCGGCGAUGGUUCCAAAUUCGUCUGUCGCAUCUGCCUGAAAUCGUUCUCGCUGCAACGCCUGCUGAAUCGCCACAUGAAGUGUCACUCGGAAAUCAAACGCUAUCUGUGCACCUUCUGUGGCAAGGGCUUCAACGACACCUUCGAUCUGAAGCGCCACACGCGCACACACACCGGCGUGCGUCCGUACAAGUGCAACUUGUGCGAGAAGAGCUUCACGCAGCGCUGUUCGCUGGAGUCGCACUGCCUCAAGGUGCACAGCGUGCAGCAUCAGUACGCCUACAAGGAGCGACGCGCUAAGAUGUACGUUUGUGAGGAAUGCGGUCACACGACUUGCGAGCCCGAAGUGCACUACAUCCACUUGAAAGAGAAUCAUCCCUACUCACCCGCUUUGUUGAAGUUCUACGACAAGCGUCACUUCAAGUUCACAAACUCGCAAUUCGCCAACAACUUGCUGGGUCAACUGCCAAUGCCGGUGCAUAAUUAAAAGUGUAUGCUACAUACAUACUCACACAUAUAUUUAUAACGUAGUUAGUUCAAUUGACACAUUUGAGUUUUCGAAAAACUGCCCAUAUACGGAGAUUAUUAUAUAUUCUGCUUACCUUUUACCACUUGUACUAUAUAAACAUUAUUGAAAGCGCGUAUUUCAUUUAAGUUCUUUUGGCUAAAAAUUUUUAUUGUGAAUUUUUUUUCAUACACCCUAAAUUUACUACAAAACAUGUUUGCGCUUCAGACCGGCUGCGUGGCGUUUGCUCGCCUUGUUGGCAGCGCGUCUGCAUUGCAAACAUUCAUACAUACAUACUUACAUUAAGAUUAAGAAUUUUCGCAUAUUUAUUGAAAAAGCAAGACAUAUGGUUAGGCAAAAUGUUUAAUUUUUAGCGUAUACUUUUAGCUAUUGUAUAUUUAUUAGAGAAUUUGAAGUCAUAUUUAAGUUGCUAACACUGCGUAACUAAUUCUCAUUACCUUUAAGUUUGUAAAAUAUUGGGAUUUUCGCGUUGUAAAGUUGGUAUAAGAUAAUUUGGCAAUCGCCGCUGCCUUAAGCUUAAAUAUAAAAGUGUAUAUACAUAUAUUAUUAGCAGAUAUUAGCCACGAAAGCAUUAAACCGCUAUUUUAGCUUAGCUUGUCUUUUACAGUUAUUUCGUAUAAGUUAUUUAUAGUUUUUCCCAUGGCAAAGCAUUGAAAUCACUUUCGUACUUUAAUAUAUUUUGAAUUAAAAAAUUUUUCUUUACUAA